GAAUGUUACCACCUGAGUCUUUUAGGUUAUUUGCACAAAGUUGUUUUACUCAGAAAAGAUUAACAGAAAACUUUCAAAUGCUCUACAUCUUGAAUUUUGCCCACUUAUUAAGGACAGUUGCUAGGAGGGAAAAAUUCCCCUUAUCUAUAUGAAACAUAAAAUAUGCCUUUCCUUCUUUUCCAGAUGCCUUGUUUUGUUAUUUUCAUUGAAGGAACCUGGGAGGGGAAUCCAUUCUAUUACUGGGAGUCCUACAUUUAAAGUGUCCUUAAAGUCUAACUUAAAAUACUCUUGUUUUAGGCUACAGAACCAAUUUUUGCUUUUAAUUCUAGUGAAGUAGCACUAAGUAUUACUUACUUCUCUGAGAACUCUAGACCACGUUUUUCUUUUUACUUUUUGAAAGGAAAGUCUUUUUUAAACACUCCCUUUCUUGAUUGAAAUGUUAAAUACAUUUUUUUAGUGAAGAAUUUUUUAUAGCUUUUUUUUGUUGUUGUUAGGACAAUUCUUCUGUAAGCUGAGAAAAUAUGGAGAUUGGUACUUAUCUACAGAGCGUUUUUGAGCUGCUUAGGGAAAAUGUUCAAGAGAAAAUGAAGAAUGAUUAUGGUUUUUACUAUUUUACGUGGGUUUGAGAGCAAGCAAAAUCAGUGGGAGUGGUGUCAUUAACGUCUGUCCCACACAGAUAUUCACCUCACCAGAGGUCUCUUGCUGUUUGACUUACAUUCUAACAGCUGCCUGAAACUAUCAUAGCACAAUUCCUUUGUCUCAGGAAUGAAGUUAAUUAGCAUCACUACUAAACUAUGGGCUUGUGUUUUGGAGGUUUUUUUGGAUUUGAUCUCCUUGUCAAGGCAUGUUUUGAAUCUACUGAAAAUUAUGCUGAAAAGACAGUUAUAUUCUGGAACCAUGCAAAAUACAGAGAAGCCAAAUAAGACACAGCCAGAAUAAAUGGCAGUGUGGUCUCAUUAACAAAGGACUUAUUUACUUGAAAGCAAGAGAGAGCCAGGGCUGCCCGUCUGUGCCCCCGGGGGGGACCACUGGGGACAGCACGGCAGGUCACCCCUGUGCUCCCACACACACACGCUGCUUCCUCACAGCAAUGUCUGACUUCUGUGGCUUGAAUUUAGGAGCCUUUGUUUCGUAGCAGAACUAAGAAGAAACCUGUUUUUUUUUCUUUAAAUGGUAGUUGCCUUUAUUUUUCGUUUACAUUAGUCUAGGACUCGGGAUAAGCGUGCAAUUUCAGUAAAAUAAUAAAUAGUGAGAGCUGACUGUGCAGAAGGCACACAGGGUGUUAUGUUUAACCAGCUACGUGCAACCGAAUGUUGAAAAAAAAUUGGUGUCUGUCUCUCUUUGGGAAAAGUUGUUACUUGAGCAACUCUGGAGUGACCUCCAGUGUUCUUUGUGCAGGCUGCAAGUGAAGAGCUCACGGUACGUCCUGCAGGUACCUCGUGCAGAAGGUGCGGCUCCGAGUACUUUGAUACAUCAAUUUUUGAAGAUGAGCAGUGAUCCAAAAGGGCUUGCAGCCUUCAGCCCUGGAUACUGAGCUAGGGAAACUCAACAGUAUCUAGAAAAGACACCAAAACCCAGACAUACAAGCCUAAAGUAAAACGCUGAGAUUUCUGAACCGGAAUAACGUCUGUUGCCAGGUGCUGGAGAGCCUCUGCAUGUACAAGCGUUUAAUUAAUAAAGCAUACUAUCUGCUGUACAUAAUCCUAUUUUUGAAGACCUUAAAGUCUGAGAUACUUGGCUGCCUUUAAGAGCCUGAGGCAGCUUGGGUAGAAUAGAGCUUCCCAAUCUGCGUGGGUCCUUUCCCAGGCACCGAAGAGGAAGAUCCUUGUUCCCAGUGGGCACGUCAGCGUACCUAUUUCAGAAUACUGUGGGAAAUUCUCCAGGAGUCCUGUCCUGUAGCCAUUAAGCAGCCCUGAAGCUUGUGUGUUUUAUACAUACAUUUACUACAUUUUUAUGAAAACGGAAAGAAGGCUACAUUUCCUACUCAAGAAAGAUAUUCCCGGUGAAAAUUCCAAAAGAUAGUUUGAAGAAACAAACCUAGAGCAAUGGAGGCCUUGAGAUUUGUGUCCGUGUGUGGAUCCCAAGAAGAACUAAGGAUGAGUUUAGGAACUUUAGGCACUGCUGUUUUAUUUCUUACACUUACGGUGAUAUGAAUAAUUUUGCAAUUUAAGCUUCUAAACUGCUAAUUUCAUAUUGCAUGCUUUCUCAGUAGUAAGGGGAAUUAGUGCCUUGUCAGCAGAAUGUUUUUAAAGAGUUGUCCCUUGAAAUAAUAUUAUUUACUGUUUGUAUAGAAUUAUAUCUUGCGGAUUCAAUAUAGUUCUGACAAGUUUGAUUAAAUAAUAAUGUUCAAAUGUGAAGUGUAUUAACUCUGUUCAGUGCUUCUAUUAAAAGUAAAUAAAUCAGUAAAGCAACUGAAAAUAGAAAUGACUAAUUACUGGAUUUACUUUUGAUAGCUGAAAGCAAAUGGACAGUCAGAAUAUUGGAAUGCGCUUGUAGGUGCGGAGACCUUCGGAAGAAACAGCGAGGAGGGAGAGGUGGACACCUGCUCAAAGAAAAUUUUGCUGCCAGGGAGAAGCUGUAACGUGGGAAAGAAUUCGUCCUCGUGCAGGAUGCUGUACUGGGAAUGACAGGCAACCAUUUGCUGUCUCACUGUCGGUGCCUCAGGAGUCAAGCUGCAUCAAGAGAGUUCUUCACAGAGCUGUUUCUAGGAACUCUUUAGUUAGAUUCUUGAAUCAAAAGGUGAAAUGUCAACCAAAGUGCCAAACAUUAAGCUGAAAAUUGAUCCUCGGGAUCUGCAGAUCCAGACGUUUACAGUGGAGAAAUUACUGGAACCGUUGAUAAUUCAGGUUACAACACUAGUGAACUGUCCACAGAAUCCUUCUAGUAAGAAAAAGGGCCGUUCCAAAAGAGCUCGUGUCUUGCUGGCUUCUGUGGAAGAAGCCACUUGGAAUCUGUUGGACAAGGGAGAAAAAAUUGCCAAAGAAGCAGCUGUGUUUAAAGAGGAACUUCAUGCAGCUCUUGCUGAUGUCAGGAAAGAGAGUCAAGCCCUGAAGGUGUCGGCAGAGGCGUUCACCAGCGAUCCCUGCUCCCUGCCCCGCAGGCAGGCCGUUGUCCCGGCAGCGCGCUCCCUGCUCGCGGCUGUCACAAGGCUGCUCGUUCUGGCCGACAUGGUUGAUGUGGCGUAUUUACUGCACCAUUUGACUGUGUUUCAAAGAACAUUUGAAUCUUUAAGAAAUGUAUCCAGUAAAUCUGAGCUACAGAAAACCUACCAGAAGUUUCGAAAAGAUCUGGAAAAUCUGGAUUAUUUGGCAUACAAACGUCAGCAGGAUUUGAAAUCUAGCAGUCAGCGAGAUGAGAUUGCUGCAGCACGUGCAUCCCUGAAGGAAAAUUCCUCUUUCCUGCAUUCAAUAUGUUCAGCUUGUUUGGAACAUUCAGAUGUUGCAUCCCUUACAGCCAGCAAGGAUUCAAUUUGUAAUGAAAUACAGAAUGCUCUCAAUGCAAUUUCUAAUGCUUCCCAAGGAGUUGGAAAUAAAAUGGAACAACCUACGUCUCGCACAGCUACUCUUGGAAGUGCACUUGAUGAGCUUGAGAAUUUGAUUGUCCUGGAUCCUCUUGUAGUGAAUGAGGAGACAAUAAGGCCCUCCCUAGAGAAACGCCUGGAAGCCAUUAUAAGUGGAGCAGCUCUGCUGGCCGACUCCUCGUGCACGCGGGAUGUCCACCGGGAGCGCAUCAUCGCCGAGUGCAACGCCAUCCGCCAGGCCCUGCAGGACCUGCUCUCAGAGUACAUCAACAACGCUGACAAGAAAGUGAGAAGUAAUGCCCUGAAUGUGGCAAUAGACAGUAUGUGCAAGAAGACAAGAGAUCUCCGCAGACAGCUCCGUAAAGCCAUUAUAGAUCACAUCUCAGACUCCUUCUUAGAUACCACUGUUCCACUUCUAGUUCUCAUUGAAGCUGCUAAAAAUGGAAGAGAGAAAGAAAUCAAGGAAUAUGCUGCUAUAUUUCGAGAACAUACCAGCAGGCUUGUGGAGGUUGCUAAUCUUGCUUGUUCAUUGUCAACAAAUGAAGAGGGAACGAAAAUUGUCCAGAUGGCAGCUAAUCACAUAGAGACCUUGUGCCCACAGGUCAUUAACGCUGCUUUAGCUCUUGCUGCCAGACCAAAAAGUCAAGUUGUGAAAAACAACAUGGAGAUGUAUAGGAGUACAUGGGAGAAUCACAUCCAUGUUCUUACUGAAGCUGUGGAUGAUAUAACAAGUAUUGAUGAUUUUCUUGCUGUAUCAGAAAGCCACAUUCUCGAGGAUGUGAACAAGUGCAUCAUUGCCUUGAGGGAGCAGGAUGGGGAUGGUUUGGAUCGUGCCGCAGGUGCCAUCCGAGGACGCGCUUCCAGAGUCGCUCACAUUGUUUCGGGCGAGAUGGACAAUUACGAACCGGGGGCUUACACUGAAGGGGUGAUGGCAAAUGUUCAGGAUCUCACCAAGAAUGUGAUUCCAGAGUUUAUUAGUCAAGUAAAUAUUGCAUUAGAGAGCUUAAGUAAAAACACAGUCCAUCUGUUUGAUGAUAACCGGUUUGUGGACAUUUCUAAGAAGGUGUAUGAUGCGAUUCACAACAUCAGGUGCUCAGUCAUGAUGAUUCGGACACCCGAGGAGCUGGAAGAUGUGUCUGACCUGGAAGAAGACCAUGAUGCACGUAGUCGUACCAGUAUCCAGACUGAAGGGAAGACUGACAGGGCCAAGAUGACUCAACUGCCAGAGGCUGAAAAGGAAAAGAUAGCUGAGCAAGUGGCUGACUUCAAAAAAGUCAAGAGUAAGCUUGAUGCAGAGAUUGAAAUAUGGGAUGAUACCAGCAAUGACAUAAUUGUUCUGGCCAAGCGGAUGUGUGUGAUUAUGAUGGAGAUGACUGACUUCACAAGGGGGAGAGGACCGCUGAAGCACACAUCCGAUGUGAUCAACGCAGCGAAGAUGAUCUCGGAGUCAGGCUCCAGGAUGGACGUCCUGGCGCGGCUCAUUGCGGAUCAGUGUCCAGACCAGUCGUGCAAACAGGAUUUAUUGGCUUACCUAGAACAGAUCAAGCUCUACUCCCACCAGCUCAAAAUCUGCAGUCAAGUUAAAGCAGAAAUCCAGAAUCUCGGUGGAGAGCUUAUCAUGUCUGCUUUGGACAGCGUCACUUCGCUAAUUCAGGCCGCUAAAAAUCUAAUGAAUGCUGUGGUGCAGACAGUGAAGAUGUCCUAUAUUGCAUCCACAAAGAUUAUCAAGAUUCAGAGUCCCACUGGCCCACGACAUCCAGUUGUCAUGUGGAGAAUGAAGGCUCCAGAGAAGAAGCCCCUCAUUAAAAGAGAGAAGCCAGAAGAAAUCUAUGCUGCUGUCAGAAAAGGUUCUGCAAAGAAGAGAAUCCAUCCUGUUCAAGUCAUGAGUGAAUUUAGAGGUAGAGAAAUAGUCUAAUAUUUUGCCACUUUGUGUGUUCCUAUCUUGAAUUGCUGAUGAUUUUUCAUCUUUUCCUCCACUUAUUUAAUAAUUAUAUAUGUUAAUGUUUUGCUUUUCUCUAAUUCUGUAAGAUAACACUUGCUUAAAUUAUUUGAAAAUGCUGUUGGAUUAAUUAGAAGCACACAGUUGAAAAAAAAAAAGACAAACAAAAGCCAUUUUCUUGCAGUGACAAACUCAUGUUUUUGCACUGGCCUGUUUUCAACAGAGCACUUUUAGUGAUGCACUUUGGGACUGUGCUGUAGCUGGAAAGGAGGAAGCAAUGUGCCAACAUGCCCAGAAUCAUACUGCAUUCAUGAGGCUUUAGGUGUUCCUGUGCCAGGGAUGAGUGUGGCCACUACUAAACAGUAUGUAUUUUAUGACAUACAGCUUUUUAAACACGGUGCCACAGGGCCAGAUCCUUGCUCAGCAUCAUUACACCAUGAUCAAGUCAUGAUUUGAUUCCAUGAACUGAGAGUCUGGGCCCUAAACUGGGGUCUACACUGAAACAUCUAAAGACAUCCCCUUGGCUAAGGCCCAGCCUUGGAAAUGUAAGUCUGAAAAUGUUUGAUGAAACACACAAAGUAUUAUAACAAUGUGGAUGUACUAAUGUAAUAAAAAAAGCACUGACUGCAACACAGCAAUAAUGACAGCUCUUUAAAAGGCCUUAGGAAGCAUUAACAUGGAUCUGUGUUCUGCUCCCUGUGAGCCCUAAGAAAUCUGCUGGCUGUUGUAUUGGGUAGUUCAGAUAAAUCAGACAUUAACAACAAAACUUUGCUAAUUGCUGCACAAAAGAACAAACAUGAAAUGAGAUCAGUGUGUGAAAUACACAUCUUGAAUCUUAUGAAUGGUGAGAUUUUUGCAAGGUAACUGUAGGGAUUUAAGCUACUUUUCUUAUGACAGUAGAGUCCUAAAUGCAGGACUGUGCUGGUAAGUGACCUGCUGAAUGGCUGCACUCUUGUCUCAAACUACAUAAUGAAGGUAAAAGCUGUUAGUCCAGACCUCUGCAACUUAAGAGAAAUAUAAUGUUUCUAAAUCCAUUUGAAUCUGAAAUCCACUUGGACAAUUUUUUUUUGAAGAAUCUAACUUGCCUUCCCUGCCAUGUCAUGAAGUUCUCCCAGGCUACCCUUGUUACUCAGAAUGAAUUGCCUGGCAAUUCAGUAAAUCCCUUGCUAUGGUUUUUUUGCAUUUGCUAAGGUGAAAGGGCUCCCUCAAAGGCCAGAACUUCAUGAUGUGUCACUCACUGCCUUUGUGAGGCAGCUCCAGACUAUGGGCUGCUGCUCCAUGUCAUUUAUUACCAUGCUUUGCACAUCAGUGCCCUGACCUGGCACAGUGUGGGCAGCAAAAAUAACCAUAAAUGGUGCCUUUCCUCUUGGGGGCUGCUCUGUUUCUAAGCUCAGGAUGGUGGGGCAGUACAGUUUCUAGGCUGUUAAUUAAGGAACUCCAUGAAACCUCUAGUGCUCAUGAAUUAAAAAUUUUCUAGAUGAUGAUUCCACCUUCCCAAACUUUGCUGUCUGUUAAAUGAAACCAAAGGAGAAGUUUGAAAGAAAAUCACCUCUUGCCAACUAAAGUUCCCUCCAGUGUGUUUGCAUGAAGAUCUUAGUAAUAUGUAUUGGGCUUUGCUAAUACUCUUAGGGUGACAGAGCCAGCAGGUGUUACUGUCUUUAAACCCUCAUGUCUGUCAGGAUACAGGUCACCUUGAUACCAAACAUUUGUAACUAAUGCCUUGUUAUUGUAUUAUUAAUAAAAAAGCACAUGCAC